AUGCUAUUGCUCGGAUAUUGGACCGUUAUCCUUCUUAAUUUUGUUAUAAACGUUCGAUGUGUACCUGCAUCACAAUCCUUCGAUGCAACUCAAAGUCGAUUCAUAUCUAAUCCUGAACGAAAUGAAGGACUUGUGGGAGGUGAUAUAGUUCCUCCACCCUUUACUAAAUCUCUUACGGGACGUGGUGUUGCAGUACGACCGGCAUGGUACCAUCGAUGGUCAGGUGGUGUAGUGCCCUAUGAAAUUGCUGGAAAUAUUACUGUCAAUAAUUCAAUUUUUAUUGUUAAUCAGAUGAGAGCAAUGGAAAGUCUUACACAAGUCAAUAAUACACAAUGUAUUUCAUUUCGUCCAAAGAAUGCAACCGAUCUAUACUAUAUUACAAUUUUUAAUGGAUCUGGAUGCUAUGCUCCAGUUGGAUCUUGGGGUACUUAUAAUGGUGUUCGUCCUGUUUCAUUGAUGCAUGGAACAUAUUCUACUUGCAUGGUUUCAGGAAUUAUACAACACGAAUUAACUCAUGUCUUAGGUUUUUAUCAUGAACAAUCACGGCCUGAUCGAGAUUCAUACGUUUCUAUUCAAUGGGCUAAUAUUGAUCCAAGUCAGGCAUUCAAUUUUGAUAUGUACAAUGAUACAAAUGUUGAUACUCAAAUGACAUCAUAUGAUUAUGGAUCAGUUAUGCAUUAUGAACGAACUGCAUUCGCUAUUAAUAGUAGUGGACCAACUAUUAUACCAACACAAAAUACUAGUGCAUUUAUUGGACAACGAAUUCAGUUAAGUUCAAUAGAUAUUCUAGAAAUCCAACGUUACUAUGGCUGUGUUCAACUGCCAACUAAUUCAAGUACAAACACAUCAACUGCCACAACACCAACUUCAUCUUCUUCAACAACCAAUGUUACAACAGGUAUGUUGAUUAAUUAG